UUUGGAUCGUGACUUCCAUUUUCAACUUGACUUGACUUGAUCUCGUUCUUGCCUCUCUACUCGCAUUACCAAUCGUCAAUCGUCACUUCCCUCUUGUUCGCUCCUUCUUCUUGCCAGUUCUGCACGUUGCUGUCAAGAGGAAGUCGCAGACCAAAGUUGAGAGCUUCCUCCUCUCUCCACCUCUUUUUGUUUUCUCCCCUCCUCUUCUCUCCUCUUCUACUCUGACCACAACAAGUCAAAUCAUGCUUGCAUCUUCUGCCAUCAAACGACUGCCCCUGCGACGACUGGCUACUGGCAACUGUGCUGUCCGAGCUUCCUCAUCGGCCUUGAUCCACCGAGCUUCCUCCUUUGCUCCUGCUCCUUCGCAUCUGACCAGAUCCAUCCCCGCCAUGACCUCCUCUUUCUCGACCUCUGCCACCAAAAAGUCUGGGGCCCCAACAGGAGCUCCCUCGGUCGCAUACGAUCCUGAAAUCACCGAUAUCGCCAGCUAUGUCCACAACUACAAGAUCGACUCGGAACUUGCUUUGGACACUGCUCGAUACAUCCUGCUCGACACCAUCGGCUGUGGUCUCGAAGCUUUGAGAUUUCCCCAAGCCACCGCCCUCCUUGGCCCUACCGUCCCGGGCACCGUCGUCCCCAACGGAACCAAAGUCCCCGGCACUCCUUACCAAUUGGACCCCAUCAACGGUGCCUUCAACAUUGGUGCUCUGAUCCGGUGGCUCGAUUUCAAUGACUGCUGGUUGGCCGCCGAAUGGGGUCAUCCAUCUGACAACUUGGGUGCCAUCCUCGGUCUCGCUGACUGGAUUGCAAGAACAAACAAAGCCGGAGGAAACAUCGCUGGUGGAAAGAUCCCUACAAUCAGAGAUGUCUUGGAAGGCAUGAUCAAAGCCCACGAAAUCCAGGGUGUUUUGGCUCUGGAGAACUCGUUCAACAAGGUUGGUCUUGACCACGUUCUCUUGGUCAAGGUCGCCUCUACCGCCGUUGUCAGCAAGAUGCUGGGUCUCACUGAAGAGGAGACCAAGGCGGCCGUUUCUCAAGCCUUUGUCGACGGUCAGGCUCUCCGAACAUACCGUCACUCUCCCAACACCAUGUCUCGAAAGUCAUGGGCUGCUGGUGAUGCUUGCCAGAGAGCUGUCAGCCUUGCUUUCAAGGUCAAGCAAGGCCAAUCUGGUAUUCCCACCGUCCUCUCUGCCCCCGUCUGGGGCUUCUACGAUGUCCUGUUCAAGGGCAAGAAGUUUGAGUUCCAACGCCCUUACGGCAGCUACGUCAUGGAGAAUGUCCUGUUCAAGGUCUCGUAUCCCGCCGAAUUCCACUCCCAGACGGCUGUCGAGGCUGCACAGAAGAUUUACAAGAUCCUCGCAGACCAGGGCAAGUCUGCUAAGGACAUCAAGGAGAUCACCAACCGAACCCACGAAGCCUGCAUUCGAAUCAUUGACAAGCAAUUCAAGCCCAUGGACAACUUUGCUGAUCGUGACCACUGCGUCCAGUACAUGGUGGCCAACAUGUUGGUCUUCAACCGGCUCGUGGCCACCGAUUAUCUUGAUGGCAGUGAAGCGGCUACAUCUCCUCUUCUUGAGGAUCUCCGAAAGCGUAUCAAGUGCGUUGAGGACCCUCAAUUCACAAAGGACUACCACGACCCUGCCCUGCGAACCAUCUCCAACGCUCUCACCGUCACUCUGAACGAUGGAACCGUUCUCGAUGAGGUGGUGGUAGAAGCACCUCUUGGACACCGUCUCAGAAGAGACGAGGCCAAACCCGAAAUUUUGGACAAGUAUAAGAGACAUUUGGCCCCUCACUUUGAUGCAGCCAAGAUCCAGGACCUUGUCGCACUUGGUACUGAUGCUUCUAAGCUCGACAAGAUGACGGUUGACGAGUAUCUUGACUUGUAUGCCAAGGAGAAGAUGGAAUGGUAAAUGGUGGAAAUUUAGGGAGAUUGGAUUUUGCCUGGGAACACGUCCCGGCCUGACAUGGUUGCCUCCUUGUGAUAUACAACGAUAGAAGCAUGAUAUAGGAUACAAAAGCUCACAAUCACAAACAUCCUUGCCUAUUGAUA